UCCCGGGGCGUGUCCCGUUCCCGCUCCCGGGGCGUGUCGCGGUGCCGUGGGCGGGCCGCGCCGUGGCCGCCAUGGCGCUGAGCGGGGCCCUGGCGCUCCGUGUCGCCUACGCGUCCUUCGGAGCCCUGAGCGGCCUCUCGGCCUUCUGCGCCUGGAGCGCGGUGCCCGCGCUGCGCCAGCCCGGCACGGCCGCGGCCGGGGGGCUCUCGGGUGUGCUGGCGCUCUGGGCCCUAAUCACGCAUGUGAUGUACCUGCAGGAUUACUGGAGGACCUGGUUAAAAGGGCUGAGGUUCUUCCUCUGCGUCGGGAUCCUCUUCUCCGCCCUCUCCGGGCUGGGCUUCUGCGCCUUCCUGGCCCUGGCCAUCACCCGGCACCAGUCCCUGACUGACCCCAAGAGCUUCUACCUGUCGUGCGUGUGGAGUUUCAUGGCGCUCAAGUGGGCGCUGCUGCUGAGCCUCUACUCGCGCCGGUACCGCGCCGAGUUCGCCGACAUCAGCAUCCUCAGCGACUUCUGAGCCCCCGAGGGCUCAGGGGGCAGGGGCAGGGGGCAGGAGCCCCCCCCGGGGCUGCCUGGCUGUCCGUCUGUCUGUCUGCACAGGGGGGUUUGUCCUGCUGGCUUUUCCUCAACGCUGCUCUUGGAGAGGGGGGAAGGAUUGGGAGCCCCCCGAGGGUUUUUCCUGCUGGUUUUUCCUCACCCAUUGCACUUCUUUGAGGGAAGGGAAGGAUUGGGAGCCCCCCGAGGGUUUUUCCUCCUGGUUUUUCCUCACCCAUCGCUGCUCGUGGAAGGAGGGGAAGGAUUGGGAGCCCCCCAAGGGGUUUUUCCUGCUGGCUUUUCCUCACCCAUCGCUGCUCGUGGAAGGAGGGGAAGGAUUGGGAGCCCUCCAAGGGGUUUUUCCUGCUGGCUUUUCCUGCUGGCUUUUCCUCCACGCUCUUCUUUGAGGGAGGGGAAGAAUUUGGAGCCCUCUGAGGGGUUUUUCCUCCUGGUUUUUCCUCACCCAUCGCUGUUCUUUGAGGGAGGGAAGGAGGGGAAGGAUUGGGAGCCCCCCGAGGGUUUGUCCUGCUGGUUUUUCCUCACCCAUUGCACUUCUUUGAGGGAAGGGAAGGAUUGGGAGCCCUCCAGGAGUUUUUCCUGCUGGCUUUUCCUGCUGGCUUUUCCUCAUUGCUGUUCUUUGAGGGAGGGGAAGGGUUGGGAGCCCUCUAAGGGGUUUUUUCCUGCUGGCUUUUCCUCACCCAUCACUGCUCGUUGAGGGAGGGAGGGGAAGGAUUGGGAGCCCCCCGAGGGUUUUUCCUCCUGGUUUUUCCUCACCCAUCGCUGCUCGUGGAAGGAGGGGAAGGAUUGGGAGCCCCCCAAGGGGUUUUUCCUGCUGGUUUUUCCUGCUGGCUUUUCCUCAUCACUUCUCGUUGAGGGAGGGAAGGAGGGGAAGGAUUGGGAGCCCCCCGAGUUUUUCCUGCUGGCUUUUCCUGCUGGCUUUUCCUCCACGCUCUUCUUUGAGGGAGGGGAAGAAUUUGGAGCCCUCUGAGGGGUUUUUCCUCCUGGUUUUUCCUCACCCAUCGCUGUUCUUUGAGGGAGGGAAGGAGGGGAAGGAUUGGGAGCCCCCCGAGGGUUUUUCCUGCUGGUUUUUCCUCACCCAUUGCACUUCUUUGAGGGAAGGGAAGGAUUUGGAGCCCUCCAGGAGUUUUUCCUGCUGGCUUUUCCUGCUGGCUUUUCCUCAUUGCUGUUCUUUGAGAGAGGGGAAGGAUUGGGAGCCCCCCGAGGGAUUUUUUUCCUGCUGGUUUUUCCUAAACGCUGCUCUUUGAGAGGGGGGAAGGAUUGGGAGCCCCCCGAGGGAUUUUCCUGCUGGCUUUUCCUCACCCAUCGCUGCUCGUGGAAGGAGGGGAAGGAUUGGGAGCCCUCCAAGGGGUUUUUCCUGCUGGCUUUUCCUGCUGGCUUUUCCUCCACGCUCUUCUUUGAGGGAGGGGAAGAAUUUGGAGCCCUCUGAGGGGUUUUUCCUGCUGGCUUUUCCUCACCCAUCGCUGUUCUUUGAGGGAGGGAAGGAGGGGAAGGAUUGGGAGCCCCCCGAGGGUUUUUCCUCCUGGUUUUUUCUCAUCACUGCUCGUUGAAGGAGGGGAAAGAUUGGGAGCCUUCCAGGGGUUUUUCCUGCUGGCUUUUCCUGCUGGCUUUUCCUCAUCGCUGCUGGUUGAGGGAGGGAAGGAGGGGAAGGGUUGGGAGCCCUCCGUGCUGCCUUUGUCACUGCCCUGCUCCUGUGUCACCUCCCUGCUUCUUUUAUCUCCGAGGGAAGGGCCCAGCCAAGCCUCCCGGGAGCUCCCAGGAGUUCGGAUCAGAUUUGGAUCAGAUUUGGAUCAAAUUUAGAUCAGAUUUAGAUCAGAUUUGGAUCAAAUUUGGAUCAGAUUUGGAUCCACCCCAGGUCCUGCCUGUGCAGGGCUUUGGGGUUUGGCUUUCCCGGGAUCUGGCACAGCUCAUCCCAAAGCUCCCGGGGCUGGGAAUGCUGCUCCCAGGGCUCGUUUUUAAAAAAGAAUUUCUUUUCAAAAGGAAUUGAAAAGAUCCCGUGUCUAACCAUAAAUGCAGUAUUUAAUGCUCGAGCUUGCAGCAGUGGGUGUGUGGGGGGAAAGGGGUGCAGGGAACCUCAGGGAGAGGAUUCCUGGGGGAAAAAAAAGGUGAAAAAUGUUUUUUGUGGAAGCAGGAGGAGAGGGGAGGGGGCAGAGGUGACCCCACAGAUUGAGGAGCACCUUUGGGGCGAGGCUGUGACCUGCUGGAGUCCCUAAACCUGUUCUAGCCCCGGAGUCCCCACCCCAAAUCCCGGCUUUUUAAAGGGUCCUGUGUAUAAAUAUUCCCUCUAUUUUUACAUGGAUUCCUCCUGGUUCACGCCCCGGGGGUGCCGGGGUCGGUGCCACCCUCGCUGUCACCCUGUGCCACCACAAAUACAGCCCUGCCUCACCA